AUGUCGAUGUCACCCUCGGCGCACCGCAAGCGCCGCCCUUCGGCCGCGACUGCCACCAACAAGCGCCGCCGCCGCGUGUCCUCCUCCUCCGCCGCCGCCGCCGCCGCCUCGGAAUCCUCCGAUGUCUCCUCCUGGGGGUCGCCGCUUCCCGCAGACCUGGUCUGCCUGAUCGGGUGGCGGGCGCUGGCCGGCGACCUGCGCGACUACGUGCGCCUCCGCGCCGUCUGCCGCGAAUGGCGCUCCGCCACCGUCUGCCCGCGCGGCCGCGGCCUCCACGACCCGCGCUUCCACCCGCGCCGCUGGAUGAUGCUCCCCGAGGGCCACGGCAUCCACCCCGGCCACCGCAAGCUGGGCGGGUACAUCCGCUUCAUCAACCUGUCCACCGGCGCCAUCGUCCGCGUCCGGCUCCCGCUUUUCAGCAGCCACUGCAUCCUCGACUCCGUCGACGGGAUCCUGCUGCUGCAGCGGGACGAGGACACCGUCAUCCGCCUCCUCCACCCCUUCACCGGCGACAUUGUGGACCUCCCUCCGCUCGCCACCCUUCUGACAGGGUUAACACCCAUCCAGAUGAAGAUGUUCAGCUGGAACGUUCUGAGGACCGUCGGUGCUACCGCAUUCACAGUGAGCGCAGAUGGAGUCGUCACCGCCAUGAUUGGGCUCUUCAAAUUGGGACGGGUAGCCUGUGCCACCACCAUGGACCAGCAAUGGAGGCUCUCGACAUGGAGCAUAUCAAAUGGUUGGAGGCCGCUGUCGUUCCAAGGCAAGAUGUACACGUUGCACACUCCCACAAAUGGCAGCGAGCUUCAGAUCUUCCAAAUCGAGUUACCAGGGCCCGGGGAGAAGGAGGACUUUGAUAGAAUCUUGUGCUAUCUACCAGCACCUAAGUUGAUUGCCACAUGUCUGGCAGGCAAACCUCGGAGGCCUUUUUACUACCUCGCAGAAUGUGAUUCGGAGAUCCUGGUGAUCGGCCGUUGCCUUACAGAUUCACUGCACGUUGAGGUGUACAGACUAUCUGACAUCAUCCAAGACAGGAUUGUCCCGGUAACGAGCAUCGGAGGAAAUGCUCUCUUUAUUGAAGAAAGGGUCUUGAGUGUCAGCAGUAGAGUGCACCCCACCAUUGUAGGUGACUCUGUUGUACAUCUCCAUUGCAAAGAAUUUUAUCUUGGGCAUUACCAACUUGCCACUGGGACAUGGUUGCCAACAGCGGAUGGGUGUGCCAGAGGUGGUGUACCGAGCCCUUGUAGCCUCAUCUACCAUAUCUUCACCUGUUGCUGUCGACCGACUUGGAACAAAGGGGGGCUUCUUUAUCAGGGUAAUGUGCAACCUAGUUGGAGAGUGAAGAGAAAAUGGCGUGAGGGGGCCUAAAUGGUUCUCGUGUCACAGAAAAGGAGCGGAGACUAAACUAAAUUAUCUAUCACGUUUUCCUUUUGGCAGUGGCACUCUAUUUUCAAGGCAGUGUCAGACUUUUAAAUUAUCGUAAUCUUUUCGCUAAAUAAUUGUAAUCUUUAUGUUUAAAAAAUACAAGUUAAUGCAUCCUUUUUAUACUAUGAAAUUGUUCUAACGUGGUUCUGUACUUGUUUAUCUCCAA